AUGGCGGCUCCGCAGUCUCAAAAUACAAAGGAGCGCAUAAGAGGACAUUCCGCUGUCGACGUAGUGGGAGAAGCCAAUAGGGGUCGUGACGUCACAAAAUGGCAGCAAACUGACGAAGACAGACCACAAGUCUAUACGGACCGGUCCUCAUUGCUACGUUCCCACGCUGCCAAGUCCACUGAAUGCACCCAGGGUUCUCCUCGUACAAGGAGGGUCCCACGCGAGUCCAGAAGGGUAUCCCUCGCCCAGGCGUCCGGUUACGUGCAGCUCAAUCAGUACAGACUUCUGGAGCCUAUAGGACAGGGUUCGUACGGCAUCGUUAAGUUAGCUUACAGCGAAGAAGACGACAGACAUUAUGCUAUGAAAAUCCUGAGUAAAAGGAAGCUGAUGCGUCGCGCUGGUCUGUUUGGACGCACGCCUCCCCGUCGCCCUGGACCAGGACCUCCUCCGGAUCCUCUGCAGAGGAUUUACAGGGAAAUAGCCGUUCUCAAGAAACUGGAUCAUCCGAAUGUCGUGAAACUCGUUGAGGUGUUAGAUGAUCCGGCAGAAGAUCAGUUAUACUUGGUAUUCCAACUACUAGAAGGAGGACCCGUCAUAGACAUACCGACGGACAAUCCACACAGCGAAGAGCUUGCGAGGAAGUAUUUCAGAGAUGUCGUGCUUGGAGUGGAAUACUUGCACUUCCAGCGGAUCGCUCAUCGCGAUCUAAAGCCAGCGAACCUUCUUCUUGGUGACGGUCGAGUGCAAGUUGCAGACCUGGGCGCUUGCGGAGAAUUGGAGGGCGCAGGUCGAUUGUCAGGAGCUGUUGGCACUCCGGCCUUCCGGGCACCCGAAACCACUGACGGCGCUGACAAAUAUGUUGGAGAGGCGGCAGAUAUCUGGUCUCUGGGAGUGACUUUAUAUGCGAUGGUGACUGGUCGGGUCCCGUGGGUGGCGGCUACAGCCAGCGAUCUCCAGCGAGGGGUUCUCACCGAGCCUUUGACUUUUCCCGCUAGGCCGCAACUCUCGCAGCCAUUAAAGAGAUUGCUCACAAAAAUGCUAGAAAAGAACCCCGCAACGAGGUUGACUAUGAAAGAAAUAAAGGAACACGAGUGGGUAACAGCUGGUGGAAAGGAUCCUCUGCCCUCAGAGCAAGAGAAUUGCCGUUUGGUAGAAGUGACAGAUGAAGAUGUGGCACGUGUUGUCACCUCCAUCCCCAACUUAUCAACCCUCAUACUCAUAAAGACCAUGCUGAAGAAGCACAGCUUCCAGAACCCAUUCUUACGAAGUCGUGAGGGCAGCACUCGCCGUGAAUCGAGUGAUGCAGGGGAGCCCCAAAGACGAGAUGACUGUGGCGCUGCGAGGGACCCGGAAGCUGAAGGAUCCGCACUGAAUGCUGAUGUGGGCUACGGCCGAGGCAGGAAAGGCUUCGCCCGUGCCGGUAGAUCUUUGUCAGCUCCAGGGAACUACCUUACCAAUAAACAACCAUCAUUUGACGUGGCCCUCGAAUCGGUUGAAGAGUUUAAAGAGCAAACUGCAACAUCGCCGAACAAUCCAAAUCCAGAUGUUAAAUCAGAGAAUAAAGAAAAUAAAGUGAAUGGAAGUGGAGGUGAAAGUGGAAGUGGAAGCGCAAAUCAAAAGCAAAGUAAGGCAAGAUGA